AUGUCUGCUUCCCCUACACCUGAACAAUGGGAACAUCCUUAUUUCAAGGCAACCAGGAGAAGUGCAAUUGAAGCUCUGACUCCUGGAGAAUUUGGCUGGAUAUGUAUCCUCUCUUGGUUCAUUGACCUAGUUGCGAUGCUGGGAAACAGCAUCGUCCUGUUACUCCUGGGCUUCCACAUCCCAAGGAAUGCCUUCUCCGUCUACAUCCUCAACCUGACCGAGGCCAAUGUCUUCUUCCUUUUCAGCUCUUUUUUACACCGCAUGCCAAGUUCUGGUAUAUUCUUCAUCCAAACUGACACUUCCGAGUUUCUGUUAAAUGCCACAUCCUUCUUCUACACUGUGGCCCUGAGCCUCCUGACUGCGAUCAGCACCGAGCGCUGUCUAGCGGUGCUCUUCCCCUCCUGGUACCUACGUGAUCGCCCCAAGCACACAUCUGCGGCUGUGUGCAUUGUCUUGUGGGUUCUACCUGGCCUGUUCUGGGCAGCGGAUUUUGUCCUUUGUGACAGUCGGGUUAUCUGUUUCAAAGUCCCCAACUUCCCGGUCGUGUGGUUAAUCCACUUCACCCCAGUGUUGGGCGUGUCCAGCCUGACUCUGCUGCUGAGCGUCCAGUGCAGCUCCCAGCACAGGCAGCGCCCCCGGCUCUACCUCUUGGUGCUGCUCAGGGUCCUGGUCUUCCUGCUCUGUGGCCUGCCCCUGGGGAUCCACGGUGGAAUGAAGUCCUUGGGCUUAGAUAUCAUGUCUGACUGGCUCCCUUCGCUUCUGGCCCGUGUGAAUUGUAUCGUGAACCCUUUCAUUUACUUCUUGCUGGGCAGCCGAAGGCCUAGAAUCGGGAGGGAGCCCCUCAGGGUGGUCCUGCAGAGGGCCCUGGCCGACGAGCACGAGUUGGAGGGCAGGAGAAAGGACACCCGCCACACCAGAAACACAGAGACGACAGUCUCAAGAUAA